CUUCAGAUAAAAUGCCGCGGGUGAAAGAAGGAGUGUUAUGGAUGGGGGGACUUGUGGACUACAUGUCGGAGAAGUUCCUUAAGGACGCGUUCAAGAGCCUCGGGGAGGACGACGUAGAGUCUAUUCAGAUUGUGAAGAACAAGUUUACCGGAGAAACUGCUGGAUAUGGAUUUAUAUAUUUUGAUUCCGACGCGAGCGCUCUGAUAGCAAUGCAUAAACUGAACGGAAAGAUAAUUCCAAACAGUCAACCUCCAGUCAGGUUUCAGCUCAACCAUUCCUCGGCCCAGGCUAGUGGGAACAAUCCAUUCUCAGAGCGCGAGUUCUCCAUCUGGGUGACUGAUCUACCGGACAACUGUGACGAUGAAAUCUUGACCAAAACGUUUGCGUCAAGGUUCGACUCCCUGAAGACUGCUAAAGUUAUGACAGAUUUGAGUCAUGGACGGAAACCCUACGGAUUUGUCCGUUUCACAAACCAGGAUGAGCAGAGAGACGCGCUAAUCCAUAUGAACGGUUUCCGAGGAAUGGGAGAUAAACCGAUCAAGGUGUCCAUGGCUAUACCGAAGAACAAGGCUGGGAAGGAGGAUGAGGUUGGGAAGAAAGGAGGUGGAGGACAAUAUUCAUAUUUCUAUGAAUCCUACUGGGCGGAUAAAGCAGCUUGGACAAAUUAUGCAGCUUAUCAGGGUGGGCUAGGAGCUAGAAACCAGUUUAUUCACACUGCUAGACAGAACGCAGACAAUGCAGACAACUUCCACGCUCCCUAUAACGACGACUGGUUGCACGACGAGGAGAACGAGGAGAGGAUUAUUGAGUGGGAUGUCCCGGUAAACGUAGACGCCAUGAACAAAGAGUUUAUGGAGCGUAGUCUUGAUGCUUGGGACGGAAUUGAUAAAGAUCGAUGGAUCUAUAGUUUUGAUACAGAGGACUCAAUUAUACCAGACUUUGAUAAAAAGACAGGAUCUAAACCAAAGCGGAGUAAGGAAGAUGAUCUCUUUGCAAUGUUGGGUGAGAGAGAAGACGAUGGAAUGGAAGAUAUCAUCUAGAAAUAAUUUAGGUUAAAGCAUUUAAUGGAGUUAAAAUUUGUACCUUUUCCAGA